UUCUUUCAUAUUUUAGGGUUCUUCGAGAUCUUUCUGGAUGGCGCUCAGUGCUGCGGCUUGGCGGUGCUGUCGAUCGCAAUUCCAGUUCCUCAAGCAUUACCGAUCGAGCGCUUCUUUUCGGCCUUUGCUCGCCCAGCCGCGAUCCAAGACGCAGCACGCAAAUCUUCCUCACUACUUGCGGCGAUUCUUGCACCGGUCGAGUGAUUCUUCCAUGGCUUCUUCUCAUGCAGCUGGUCAAAACGGGCGCAAGGUGGAGGAGGAGGAGACGCAUGGGAGCACUACCAAGGAUUUGAUCACAGUCCCGACGAUGCUCACUGGCGCAAGAGUGGUGGCAGUACCAGCCUUAAUCUUUGUGUUCUUUAGCAACCAGGAGUGGGCAUCUGUAGCGAGUACUGGGAUCUUCGUGGGAGCUGCUCUGACGGAUUGGCUGGAUGGGUACCUGGCACGAAAGAUGAAACUCGACUCGGCAUUUGGCGCAUUCUUGGAUCCUGUCGCGGACAAGCUUAUGGUUGCUACAGCCUUGAUUCUACUGUGCACAAGGCCUCUCGCGGCUGCCUGGUUUGUAGACAUCCCGUGGCUGAUUCCAUUGCCGGCAGCACUUAUGAUCAGCAGAGAGAUUAUUAUUUCGGCUGUAAGGGAAUGGGCAGCUCUCCAAGGACUCAACAAGGUGGUUGCUGUGGACAAGCUUGGCAAGCUCAAGACCGCGACGCAAAUGGUGUCACUGACUUUCCUUUUGGCAUUUGGAGACGCAAGGUAUUCAAAAACAACACCGAUGAAACCGUUAGUAACUCUACUUCACAGGACUGGAAUGGAAGCUUAUCUCAGCGGUUUUGGAGUGGGGCUUCUCUACCUAUCUACAGGCCUGUCGUUGGUAUCUCUCUCUGGUUACAUGAGGAAACUAUGGCGUAGCAUGAAGUUGAGGCAAAAGACUGGAUAAAUUCUACUCGGACUCAGUACCCGAUGGCUCAGAAUCACCAUCGUCGUCGUCAUCUUCAUCUCCGGUAUCAGAACUUGGAUCUUGAUCUUCGCCUUGCUCAUCCUUUCGUGGUGUUUUAGGCAGCGAUUUAGACGAGCCUUUCUCCAUCUAGCCCGACACAAGUUUGAGAGGUGAUGCGAAUUAAACGAGAUUAUCAUACCGCUCGGAGUAAGGUUCGCUUGUCUCGCUCACGAAGGUUACCGAGUGCCUGUAGAGAACUCGAGCUUUAAAUCGAGUAAAGUUUCGUUCA